GCUCCGCCGUCGCCGCCGCCGGAGACGACGUCGACAACGACGACGACGACGACGACGACGCCGCAUGGGCGUACCGUGGAGUCCAUCGGAUCCGUACGUCCCUCGCAUUCCAGAGAUCGCCGUACGCGGAACGUCGCGGGAUCGCGACAGGCGUUUCCCUCCCUCGCCUCUUCCCCCCCGCGUGCCUGGUGUUGUCGCGCUCGCGUCCGCGUUCGCCGCCGCACAUUCGCGGGAUCGCCUCGUUACGCUCCCGUACACCUUGACGCCGUCGGGACACCUCCGCCGAGGAGAAGGUCGGAACGAGACGCGUGGAAAAAAAGGAAGGAGGUGAAAGCGAGACGGAGGGAGCAGGAAAGGGAGCGAAGGACAGACAGGCGAGAGAAAGAGCGAGAGAGAGGCGCCCUGGCCACUCGCGAAGGACCGUCCCGUAUUACGUUCCCUUCUGUCACUUUCGUGCCGAGGCCGAUACGGAUCGCGCGGCGGCGUCCCGACCGAUGCCCCGUCGACGGAUUCAACCCGGCAACGACGGAACGACCGUGCUGUGCGUUCGUUGUUAGUGCAUCAUGUGAUUGCUUCCACGGGGUGCUGCCUUCGCCACGGUGACGGAUACUAGCCAGCGUAAAGGAUGCAGGAACCGACAUUCCCGCGCCGAAAAGGGAUCCACGCCCCUGUAUCGGUGUUGGUGCUGCUGAUACUACCAUUGGUCGAUUUACCCUCCGCAAACGGAUCUUGCGAGUUUCCAUCGAGCUGGUCAGGAGAAUGGUAUCAGUACGGCAAGCAGUCUGCAGUCAUUAUAAAUACAACCGUUUUCGGAGAUCGAACAUGCGUCGAAAGAACCGACGACAAAUAUAUCGUUUACAAUGAUGGCGAGAACUGUUACCAAUGUAUGAUCAUCAAUGGACGUCAUGAAAAUGUUAUACAAUAUCGCGAAGGUUGGUGCGACCAGCAUCGAAAGUCGUUGGAAGAGAUGUGUGGGAUGAUUACCUCGGACGAUAUGCUCUUUUCGAUGUUCCGUAUGAACUCGAAGUCGAUAGCUUGCCCAUUCAACGGAGCGUCGUUCACAUUCACGUACAAUCGGGGUUACGCCGAGUGCGCUAUGCCUAUAAGCCUCGCGGAAAAAUGCACUGACGAGAGCAAGCUUCUGCUCAAGUAUCAGGCCUGUCCAGACGUCGCGGGGACCGAGAGCAACACCGAAGAAUUACAAUGCCUAGCCGUUUGGAACGAUGGUCGAAAUAAAUAUCUUGUGGGAACAUUGAAAGAGAGAAACACACUGGGAGAAGCAAAAACCUACAGGUGUUUUCUGUACGAAGAAAAGCCUCAUCAUCAGGGAAAGAUGAUUUAUUUACUCGCUCAGUCUGGCGAUCCGACUUGCAACGGCCUAACCACAGUUUCUGAAGGAUCUCCUACCAUAAAACUUACUAAAGUCGACAAGGAGCAUAGUAGAUGCAAAUAUCCGGCUUGGGUAACUCAACACCAUGACUGGCAUUCUCUCGAUGGUACAAAGAACUAUCAUUUUACGAACAAAAACGCCACGUUGAAAGUAAAGGCGCAAAUGCAGGAUACCGACGGCGAAGCUGCCUAUGAAGAAAAGAUCGUUUGUCACAAUUUGGAAAAAUUAUAUCCGAACGACAACAUGCAAGGGAAUAAAGUGAAAUUAGUUGCUCACGUCACCAGCGGUUGCGAUAUUGGUUACGUUUGCAUGAUAUUCCACAAAAGAGACAGUCACAUCAUCGAGAUACAGCAGUCAGAUCAAAAAGCGAUUAUGCCAGACGAGGCGUGCUCAAUCUCGGAUCCCUCUACGAUGCCGUAUACGACCUUAAUAACUACGUUCUUGCAUCAAAGAAGAUGUCCUCACCUAGGACGAUACAAGAUCCUGGAUUUUGCUCCGUCGCGUACGUUGUCGACCGCCGUGUCGAGACGACAGCGACGCAGCGAGCUGUCAAGGACAACAAAAAGGCGGACUUGGCAGGAUAACAUCGAGGAUGAGGAGUGCAGAAAUACGAAUAUUCAAGUAGGCUGUUCGUCAGCUGAUCAAACCGAAAUAAUAAUCGGCAACACAUGCGAACAUGAGAGGAUUGCCUAUUUUUGUCAUGGCAGCUGGGAGGAGAAAGGAACGUGGUAUACGAUAGUGUCGCAGCGGAAUCUUGAAUUCCCAGCCAGUCCAGGUCAAACAUUUUGUUUUUCCAUGCUUCUCGAUGGCGUUAGAGAUAGAGGCGGUAGGCAAAAGCAACAGGAGCAAGAGCUAUUGCUGUCGAGGCCAUCGCGUGCUUGUCAGAGAGAAGCCAAGGAUGAAUGGACGUACAGACUGUCCAAUCAAGGAGUAUGCGAGGAUUUAACGAAAGCAUCAAGCGUAGCAUCUGCUCCGAGAACAACUUCGUUGUUUCAACUUCUGUUUACCUUACAUGCAGCAGCUUAUGUCGCUAUUAAUGCGCUAUGCGUAUUACUUUUGAGAUGAUCUGCAGCUAUUAUGUAAGAAGUCAAGGUACUGUGUAAUUUCCAGCACGAAUUCUCAGGUAUUGCGUGUUUCUGGAAGUGUAUAUAGCUCAACAAUUUGAUAGCUAUUGAUCGAUCGACGAGCUGUCAAUAUUAAGCAAGAGAUGGGAAAUGUGCAGCUAAAUAGCUAUUAUCGACAAUAUUAAUUUCCAUUCGUUGAAACAGCCUAAUUACGUACUGAUGAUUACGAUUGUUUCCAAUCGGAAACGAAGCGACUUAUAUACGUUCGCGAAUUAUUUUUUAUAUUGUAUGAUACCCAUUGUAAUUUACCGACUAGUAUUCUAUGGGUGACCAAACUCUAGACUACUAGUAUUUUCGAUAUAACGUUUAUUACAUAUUACCUAAUGUACUGCCUAAAUUGUUGAUCAAUCACAAUAACUUAAAAUAGUUUUGAAUAGGUAAUUUUUUAUUGCUCGUGUUUUUUUCUUUUGCCUAAUUUUAUACAGCAAAGAACCGUGAUGAUAUAUUCAGGACUAGGUAAAAAUGCCAUAAAUAUUUGUAUUUCAAAUACAAAAAUAUCCUGCAAAAGCUAUAUAUUUCAAGUAUAAAAUAUUGUUGAACAUGUGGUUAAGAAAGACAAAAGAUAUUCUUGAAAAAUUCGCUUCAGGACAUGCGAGAUACGGAAUAAGAAAUUUCGCAUCUCAAAUAUUUACGCCAUAUGUGUGUGUGUAUUUGGAAUACUUCCUAGCCCUGAUACGUUUGAGAUUACGAAGGUAUAUAUAUAUAUAUAUAUAUAUAAAAUUUAUGAGACAGCCUCGAAUCACGACCACUUCUGAGUAUGUAAACUCGAAGACUCAUGUACAUUACUAAGUACCAUUGCGCUAUUGUAAAUACGACCAGGGUAUAAGUAAUCGAGAUUUCAAUUGGAUUAUUUUCGAGUAAAGAUUGGGAUAUUAUAUAAUUAAAGUUCGACAGAUUGAACUCGUACUCGGAUUUAAUGUAAUAGCAAGGGACAUAGGUUUUAUCUUUUAGCUAGUAUAUAUAAUUGUACAUAAUAUAAUUGAGAUAUUGUAUAAAGACUGUUUCUAAAAAAGUAUAACAAAUAUACCGCUCACGAUAUUGCA